AUGGAACUUUUUUCGGAGUUCGUCAAGGACCUUAAUUUGAUUGAUUUGCCUUUGGAGGGAGGGAGCUAUACCUGGUCUAGAGGGUCAGUUCGUCAUUCGAUGUCUAGGAUAGACAGAGUUUUGGUGUCUCAGGAGUGGGAGGAGCAUUAUCCGGAUGUGAUCCAACGAAUUUUACCUCACCCUGUUUCUGACCAUUUCCCUAUUCUAGUGGAGGUGGGGGGAAUGGUGAGGGGGAAAAGUCCGUUUAGGUUUGAGAAUAUGUGGCUCAAGACGGAAGGCUUUAUUGAUAGAGUUGAGUCUUGGUGGAAUCGUCAUUCUUUCUCUGGCACUCCUAGUUUUGUGUUUGCCAAAAAAUUGAAGGCCUUGAAAGGGGACAUCGUUCGGUGGAAUCGUUUGGAGUUUGGUCAUGUUGGUCGCAAAAAGUCUCAAUUAUUAGAGACUUUGAAUUCUUUAGAUGCCAAGGAAGGGGAGUUUGGUCUCUCUGAUGUAGAGUCUUGUGAGAGAGCGGUGGCGAGAUCUGAAGUUGAGAAUCUUCUCUCCUUGGAAGAAAUCUCUUGGAGAUAG